CCGAUUCAUUCGCCAGUGAGCCAUCGUCGCGGAGCGACGUUCGUUCGUGCGUUCGUUCGAUCCAAAAAGGACGUAUCGUAAUUUUCGUCAUUUGCGUGAACACCGCCGCCGCUGUUUGAACAAGUGUUGUUGUGUGAAUACGAUGACGCUCGCGCGUGACUUUAUCCGUCGUACCGGUGAUUAGGAUGGGUUCGUGAUACAAAACAACGAAAAAAAACGCGAGGGUCGCUUGCGAUGCAAUUGUGAGUGAAAGGAUCAUCUUUGGGAUUCUUGGAGGAAAUUUUAUAUUGUUAUUGAAUAAAUUCAAAUCAGUGAUACGAAAAAGUGUGAGCACAUGCACAAUCAUCGAAGAAGAAGAAGGGGCAGCUUGAAAGCGAAAGAGUGAGAGUGCCAAAAUGUAAUGAUAAAUGAUUGAUUGAAUUUUUGCUCGAAUCACGAGUGAGUUUUUUUAUUUAUCGUCGGAGCGUACACUCAUUAGCUCUGCUGGUGGUUGGUUGAAGCAGAUUUGGUGAAUGCAAAGUAAUUGCCAUCGGCGAGCAGUGGUCAAGUACGGCGAAUCUGAAGUGAAGUUUUUUGUUGUGGUCGAUUGAGAAAGUGGAGGAAAUCGAUGGUUCAAAAAUAAUGUGAAAAUUACUUGCAAGUUUCGAUGCUGAGUCUUUUUUGUGUGGUUCGCAAAGUAUGGUAAAAGUGGCAAGAAACGAGUGGCAGAGGGGAAAAAAAUCACAGCUUCUGAUUUAACAGUGUGAAACACAAAUUAAUCGAGUAAAUUCCGUGGCGUGGCGCGAAAAGAUAAAUCCGCCAAGUCACGGCAAGUUCAAACCGUCCAUCAACCAGAAGCUCUACCUCAACGGAAAAAGUAGUGGCGCGAGUUGCGAGUGCGAUUAAUUAGCUAAUUGGAAGUGUGUAACGAGACGAGAAGAAGCAGGAGGAAAAUAAGGCAGUUCUAAAUCGGCGCAGAUCACGCAAGGUCGAGAUUUGCUCGAGGCCGGAAAUCAAUAGCAGCUGCUGAACCGGUUCGCUGAGUUACUUGUGAAAAGUUUAUUGUCACGCAAGGAAAAGAAGCAGAAGACAGCUACAGAACCAUGCCACAUCCGAUGUCACCGCAGUCUCCGACGCCGACGCUGCUCAGCAGCAGCCGCGGAAGCAGUUUCCUGGUGGAGUACGACUACGAUGAGCCGAAGCCGGCGAAGAAAUUGCUGGCCAAGGCCAUCUACGAUAACAUCGCCGAAAGCACGGACGAGCUGGCCUUCCGGAAGGGGGACAUCCUGACCGUGAUCGAAACGGACACCAGCGACCUCAAGGGCUGGUGGCUGUGCCAGCUGCGGGGACGACAGGGCAUUUGUCCUGGCAACCGACUGAAAAUCAUCCAGCCGCACGAUUCCGGCUGCUUUACGUUGUCACCGGCGUCCUCACCAUGUCCGUCGAUUGGUCCCGGGACGAACCUCAACAGUCCAAUCCCGAGUGAAAUCUACGAAAACACCUCCACCGCUUCGUCGAUAUCGUACGGCGGCGGUGGAGGAGGAGGACCAAAGAACCAUCAGACGACUCCGCAGCAGCAGGGAAAGCGGAGAUCCUGGCACAUUAAUCCCAACAAGGUUCUAACGCCCCAGAAAUGUGGAGACGUGUAUCUGUAUGAUCUGCUGCCAACACCAACCCGUGGAAACAGUCCGUAUCAGCAGCAGCCCCACUCAUACCCCACACCGGACGCCCUCGACACGUACGACGUGCCCAAACCGGCCGUCCCCAUCAACUACGACACUCCGCGAGCGUGGUCCCGGACACCUCCGCAUUACAGCCAUCACCACCACUACCCGAGUCCACAUUCCCCGCACACGCCGAACCUGCUCCAUCAGCAACAUCCGGGUCAUUUACACUUCAACUACCGGAUGGAGGAAUCGUACGACGUGCCGCGACCGGUCAACAACCUGUUGGCCCAGCAGAACCUCACCCCCAGCUCAUCCAACUCGUCCCUGCUCACCAGCGACAGCCUGAGUCUGUCCUCCUCCAACCGGUCCUCGCUGGCCAACAUGCCCGACUAUGACGUCCCACGGCGGAAUCCGGUCUCGAUACGAUCGACCCCUCCUCCUCCGCUACCCCAGGCACCAGCCACGCCACACUCCCAGAGCAGUGGCAUCUUCAGCAGUAACCACUCGGUUUCGAUGUCGUCGUUUACGUCCAGCACAUACGACGUACCGCAAACGCCGUUACACCACCAACAGCAGCAGAUGCCGCACAUUCCACUGCCACCCAGAGAACUUCCGCUGGAACUCGGCUCGGCACUGGAGACGCUGGCCCGGUUACAGAACGAGGCGACUUCGGCAGUUUCAAGACUUCUUGGCUUCGUCUCGCCUAACUGGAGAACCAAGGAGAAACUCGAUCCGAUCAUGAUGGAUCUCAAGUUGGCCGCUGUGCGGCUCCGUACUGCCCUGCAUGAUCUGGCCGAAUUUGGCGAGGGUGCACUGGGAAACGCUACCAAGGCGGAAGAUAAGGGUCUAGCCCAAAAGUUGAAACCUCUAGUUAAGGCACUGCGCGAUGCGGACAAGCUCGUCCACGAGGCAUCGCAGAAUCUGGACAGCCAAGGCUGGACCUUGGUGACGCUCCAGCGACCCGAAGCAACUCAAAAGCUUCAACAGCAGCUUCCACCGGACAGCUUGGAUCAGCUGAUCGCGUGCGCUCAAACCCUCGUCGAGGACGUCCGCCAGACGGCUUCGUUCAUCCAGGGCAACGGAACGCUCCUGUUCAAACGAACUGCCACGUCACCGACCACUGCCACCACGCCUCAGACGCCCACCGGAAACCACCAGCAAAAGCACAAUAGCAGCAACGGUGGCGAUUGGCCCGAAGACUACGACUACGUCAGUCUCGAAUCCAAAGAGGCGUCGGCCAAAACGAACGCCGAGAUUAGCGACGCUCUGCCGCAAGAUCUGAAGAAGAACUUUGAGAAUGUGGUUCGGAACGCGGAUGCGGCCGCCACCGAAAAGACUGAGGCCCUCGACCCGAACGACAAGUCCGUUCUGGUCUAUUACGCGUCCCAAACCGUAACCCACAUGGGCUACCUAACCCAAGCGAUCGACGCCUUCCUGCAGACCGUCGAGCACAAUCAACCGCCCAAAUUCUUCCUAGCCUACGGAAAGUUUGUCGUCCUGAGCGCUCACAACCUCGUCAACAUCGGUGACAUUGUCCACCGGAACGUAUCGCGGGAGAACGUCAAGACGCGCGUUCUGCAGUGCGCGGACGCCCUGUCGGAGGCGCUCAAGACUUGCGUGGCCAAAACGAAGAAGGCCGCGCAGCACUUUCCCAGCGUAACGGCCGUGCAGGAGAUGGUCGAUUCGGUGGUGGACAUUUCCCACCUGGCUAGUGAUUUGAAGAUCGCCAUGUUGGAGGCGGUCCAGCAGUAAGUGAGGAUCUCAAAUAGGGGUGAUUCUGGGAUGAUUGAAGGUUUGAGUUCAUUUUUCACUAAAACAAUCUUUUUUUAAAUUGUUUUUUGAAUAAUAUUUUUUUCUGAAAUUAUUGAAUAAAUAUCAACGAAAUUCUCUCCGUGUACUAAUUUUUUUUGUGUAACUCAUAAACACACUGAAAAUAAUUGACGUUUUUAAUUUUCAUGCAUUCAAAUUGAAAUCGCUAAAAUUAUAAAAUUUAUUUUCAAACCAGCAAAUCAUCCAAGAUUCCUCUAAAAAUAGAUUAUGUUUAUUUUCAAAUAAACUACAAACCGAAGGGCCAACAAAAUACAUUCAUUCGCAACAGAAACAUGCCAAACAUUUUUUGUAAAAACCUGCUUCUGUCAAAACAUUUCCAGAGAAAUGAUAUAAAGUAUGUCAGAUCCAAACGAAAAUCUAUACACCCAUCAGCAGCAGCAGUUGUAAAUUUCAAUGUGAUGUUGAAACAUAAUUGUGAGGAACAAAACGAAGCGAUCCUACUUAAUCUUUAUAAGCAAAAUGUCGCCACCGCCACCGUGUGGUGCGACCAACUUAAAAAAAUCUUGACUGUCUCUAGCUGUUAUUUUGAAUCACGCGUAACACGAUCGAUAUCAUACAUCAACUUAAACCCUAGCGAGUAAAAUCAAUCAAUUGUUUGUAACGCUGGAAUUGCAGCUCAAGUCACUCUUUUGUACAUAGCAAACAGUAUUUUGUUUAUUUUUUUUUUUGUGUUUUAGUUUACAGCGUAAAAAACUAGGCUUAGUUUAAGUCGGUAGCAGAAAGGAAGGAAAAAAGCGCACACCAAAAUGCAUUUCGCAAACAGUUUUUGUUCGGGCUGCGGUCCGAAAUAAAAUAUUUUAACUUGUCCGCGAUUCAGUCAAUCAAAUGCAAUAAUUGGAACAUGGACAAUAGGUUCUUAGUAAUAUAUUGAUUUCUUUAACAAAGUUCAACAAACCUACUUUUUCGCGAGUAUUAUGUUUAAAAUAUGUUCCAAAACGGUUAAUCGAUUGAAAAUGGUACUAUUUGUAGCGCGCUAAGUGAAUGUAGUCGUGUAAUAAUUGUAGUAAUAUUGGAAGUAAUAACAAUUAUUUUGACGGAACAACGUAUCGGGCUGGCUUAACGGUACGUGCUGGGAGAAGGACUUUUACUCCACGAACAAUUUUACACUUUGGCGACAAGACGCAAGCUCGUUGCCGAAAGCCACCCCGCGUCAAAGAUUACGAAUAUUGAUAAUAAAGUAAAUUAUUCAAAACGA